AUGUCGGUGGGGGGAGGCUUGGAGCAAACUCCCAACCCCCCCAAGUACAAAGACACGAUGCUGGAAAUCCACACAUUUCAGGGAGGAGGAGGAGGAGGAGGAGGAGGAGGAGGAGGAGGAGGAGGAGGAGAAGAGAAACUCUUUAUGCAUUUCAAACCAUGUCUGUGUGUGUAUGUGUGUGUGCAUGCGUGUGUGUGUGUGUGUGUGCGUGCGUGCGUGUGUGUGUAUGUGGACCAGACUCUCAGAGGAAACAGACUCAUGUGGACCACCAACUGGACCCCCAAAAUCACCCCCACACACACACAGGAGUCCUGA